AGAGAGAGAGAGAGAGAGAGAGGCGGAUGUUACCGGCGAACACGCACGGAAGAAGAAGAAGAAGAAAAGGAGAAAAAGAAGCUCCUGUCUCUGUCGUUAUUUUCACCCCGAACUCGCCACGGAUGUGACUUUUUGAGCGGCAGGGCGAGAGGGAAGCACCGCCGCCGCCGCCGUGUGUGUGUGAAGGGGGGCUUCCUUUCUUUCUUUCGCGUGGUUCAUUGUUGUAAGCUGCCAUUGUGGAUCCCCCCCGGUUCGGAUUGGAUGUCUGACCGCCAGACGGAAAAGGCAGCGAACACGUUCUCCUAAGUGUAGUUUUUUUUUUUUUUUUUUUUUAAUACAACGUGAGAGGUGGGGGGUGGGGGGGAAGCUCAGUGAAACAACAGACAGGGUGGGUCCACACCCGGGCGAGGAUUACCUCUUGGCCGCUUUUAUGUCAACAGGCUUUUUUAGGACAAAAGUUGAGACAACAUCCAUCGUUGUUGUACCGUUGACGAAAGGGCGGAGGAUAAGCCCCACAUGAGCACAGGUUGUCCGGCAGGGACACGGCGACAGGCACCGCGAUGGCCAACGACUCAAUACAAAGUGAUCCAGGCGAGCUGUCGGUACUAGAGCAACUGGGUCUGGACCAGAACUCGGACUUCUCUGACUCGAGUGUGCAGCAGCUCCUGGAUGAGCAGCGUGAGAUGAUUCGCCGAGAGAUCCGUAAGGAGUUGAAGAUUAAAGAGGGAGCCGAGAACCUGCGCAGAGCCACCACGGACAAGAGGAACGCUCAGCAGGUAGACAGCCAGCUCCGGAGCUCCAAUCGCAGGCUAGAUAACCUUCACGCUCAGCUCCAAGAACUGGAUGCUCACAUUGUGGUGAAGGGAGGAGAUGAGUAUAAAGAUGAGUGUCCUCAGUCUCCCGGGACGGAGAGCAGAACGUCAGCCCACAAGGAGCGCAUCGCCGCCCUGGAGAGGCAGCUCAAGAUUGAGCUCAAAGUCAAGCAAGGAGUUGAGAACAUGAUCCCCAUCUACGCCAAUGGAUCCACCAAGGAUAAGAAGAUGCUGCAGACGGCCCAGCAGAUGCUGCAGGACAGUAAAACCAAAAUAGACAUCAUCCGCAUGCAAAUCCGCAAAGCCGUGCAGGCCACCGAGCACGACGGCGACACACAGGGUAACCACGACAUGUGUGGGGUGGAGCUGCGCAUCGAGGAGCUGAGGCAUCACUACAGGGUGGAACAUGCUGUUGCUGAGGGGGCCAAAAACGUGCUUAGGCUCUUGGGGGCCAGCAAGGUUCAGGACAAGAAAGCCCUUUCCGAGGCACAGUCUCGACUGAGCGAGGCCUCUCAACGCUUGGACCUGCUGAGGGAUUCUCUGGACCACCGUCUGGCCGAGCUACCCGAGGACCACCCCAAGGCCAACAUCAUCAAAGAAGAGAUGGUGCUCUCUUCCUCACCGGCCUUUAGCGCUCGCCACGGCGCCCCCUACGUAUACAACCAGUACAGCACCCUCAACAAGCCCUCACCUCUCACUGGUACCUUGCAGGUCCAGCUGCUGGGCUGCGUGGGAUUGUUGGAGGUGGUGCCAGGGCGCAAUAAGGGGACUGCCGUCAUGUUGCCCUGUUACAGCCCCGGAGAUACGCGGUACUUCAUGAGGGGCAACAAGGGACUCUACAGUCGCAGUGGUUCGGUCAGCGGGAAGACACCGAGUAAGACAGAGGAGGUCUCGUCCGAGGUGAGCGCUGUGCUCAAGCUUGACAAUACAGUGGUGGGCCAGACAGCUUGGAAGACUGUAGGGGAGCAGGCCUGGGACCAGACCUUUACUGUGGAGCUGGAAAGGUCAAGGGAGAUGGAGAUCGCCGUGUACUGGAAGGACUACCGCUCACUGUGCGCUGUAAAGUACCUGAAGCUGGAAGAGUUCCUGGACAACCAGAAGCACACAGUUCAGCUGGAGCUGGAACCUCAGGGCCUGCUGCUGGCUGAGGUGACAUUCUUCAACCCAGUUAUUGAGAGAGUCCCUCGCUUACAAAGGCAAAAGAAGGUCUUCUCCAAGCAGCAAGGCAAGGCGUUCCUUCGAGCUCGCCAAAUGAACGUCGACAUCGGGACGUGGGUGAGGCUUCUGCGAAACGCCAUUCCCACCGUUAACAACUCUGGGACCUACAGUCCCAGCGCGCACAGCCUGACACUCAAUUCGGGGGAGAUCUCCGUGGAGAAGCUAAGUCUGGAUAGCGACUCGCCGAUAAGGGGCGAUUACAAGCAAGAUGCGGACAUGCACACACCGGACCGACCGCCAAUCAUCGAGCCCUUUGCCCCCUCAGACCUCACCCCCGAGUGCCCUGUCCGAACCCCAUCUGUCAGCAGUAAGCAGAGGAAAGGCCCUCUGUCUCUCCAAGACUUCAGGCUGAUAGCUGUGUUGGGACGAGGCCAUUUUGGGAAGGUGUUGUUGUCCGAGUACAAGAAGACGGGCACCAUGUUCGCCAUCAAAGCUCUGAAGAAAGGCGAUAUUAUAGCGCGUGAUGAGGUUGAAAGUCUGAUGUGUGAGAAGCGCAUCUUCGAGACGGUCAACAUGUCACACCACCCCUUCCUGGUCAACCUGUUUGCAUGCUUCCAGACGCCGGAGCACGUGUGUUUUGUCAUGGAGUACACGGCGGGAGGUGACCUGAUGAUGCACAUCCAUACCGACGUCUUCACCGAGCCGCGAGCCGUGUUUUAUGCUGCCUGUGUGGUUCUCGGACUUCAGUUCCUGCAUGACCAUAAGAUUGUGUACAGAGAUUUGAAACUGGACAACCUGCUGCUGGACACAGACGGCUAUGUGAAGAUCGCUGACUUUGGCCUGUGUAAAGAAGGCAUGGGUUACGGUGACCGCACCAGCACGUUCUGUGGGACGCCAGAGUUUUUGGCCCCAGAGGUCCUGACGGAUACAUCCUACACCAGGGCAGUGGAUUGGUGGGGGCUGGGGGUCCUCAUCUAUGAGAUGUUGGUGGGAGAGUCACCAUUCCCAGGGGAUGACGAAGAGGAGGUCUUCGACAGCAUCGUAAACGAUGAAGUGCGCUACCCCCGCUUCCUCUCGACAGAAGCCAUCGGUAUCAUGAGACGGCUGCUCAGGAGGAACCCAGAGAGGCGACUGGGCUCCGGCGAGAAGGAUGCAGAGGAAGUGAAGAAGCAGCCAUUCUUCAGGAAUAUCGACUGGGAGGCGCUGCUGCAGAGGAACGUGCCUCCUCCCUUUGUCCCCUCCAUCGGCGACAAGGAAGACGUUAGCAACUUCGACGAGGAGUUCACCACGGAACCGCCGGCCCUGACACCUCCGCGAGAGCCCCGCGUUCUCACACGCAAGGACCAGGACAGCUUCCUGGACUUUGACUACGUUUCGGACGUCUGCUAGUGGCGCGGGAAUGUCGUUUUGUGACGUGCUCUCACCUCUGCCCGUAUGAUUGUUUCAUUAGAACACUGUGAAUGAAUGUGGAUGACACUGAAGUUAAGUUUUUCACGUCUGUGGGCUUUUAUAGGCGCAGGCUGAAGGAAACUGGGUAAAUUAUUGGCUGGACAAAAUACUGCCUCUCAUUACCGAUGCCUUACAUUUGUACUCGUAUCAGACACACGGACCAGUAAAGCUUUUAUGUUGUCAAAUCUUUGUAUAGAGUCGCAGGAAGAGUCACGAGAUGAUCAGCACACAUACAAUUCACUGUUCUUUUUUUAAAAAGAAUCAAGAAAAAAAAUGACCUACUGUCAAAAGAGUGAACACACUGAGGAAGAAUCCUCGCAUUCAGAUGUGACAGGAAGUUGACCACAGGGUAAAUGACCACUGUCUUGACGUAACGCAGUCGACGUCUUCUUAUUUAUGCUGUACGGAUUUUCACGUGACCGCUUUACAGCAGCAAAUGGACUUGACAGCUGCAAUAUUGCGAAUACCCUACACACACUUUUGUUUUUCAAUUGGAUUCCAUUGGGGUAUAAUGAUUGCAAUAAAAUGGUAAGUGCAGUAAGCACACGCCACAAAUAUCAGCGUAACAUCUGGUUGUCAUUGAAAAGUAUACAGUGGUGCCUUGAGUGACUCGACUUUGUUUUUCGAGAUACGAGCAGUCGUCCGACCGAUUUUUAGCUUUGGCUUACGAGUGAAUACUUGAGAUACGAGCGCUAUAUGGUGGCAGUAAACUCCACACAACGCACGUCACAAUAAGCAGCAGUAUGCCAAAUAGUGAACAAUUAAUAAAAAAAAAAUAAAAAAAAACUGGCUUCAAGGUGUUUAAUGCCACUCCCCAAUUAAGGUUUACUGUCAAAGUAAACGAACAAAGAAGUACAACUUAUGUAUUUAAAAGUCAAACAACUGCCAAAAGAAAGGCCUUGUUACCUCAAUGAUUAGCAUCUACGUUUCGGUACUUUAACCGUUUAAGCAACGGGUUGAACAGCAACAGUUCAGCAACAACAUCUAGACAGACAAUAUAACUGCACUCGCAAUCAUAUACAGUGAACCCCCGCUGUUCGCGGGGUAUAGGGACUGAGCUGGACCACGAAUAACAAAAAUCUGCGUAAAAUUGAUGCCCAAUAAAUUGCAUUGGGGGAAAAAAAGUUUUUUUGUUUUUUUUUAAGCCCAAAAAAUUAUUUAAUAAACCGCCAAUAAGCAUUGUCGAGAGAAAAAGAAAAAGGAAAAUAGUUUUUAAAAAAAAAAUCCGCAAAUAGGUGAAUCUGCGAGUGCUGAACCGCAAGUAUGCGCCGGUCCACUAUAUUCUUUAUCCUCUGCAUAGAACAACUAAUGGUGCCGUGCUGAUGAGCUCAGAGAGUUGAGAUGAAGAGAUCCCCUGUUGCAAUAUAAUUGGCUGCUGCAAAGAGGCAAGGACUGCUUGGCGCUCAAGUGGGAUUCAUAACAAUGCCUCAAUGAACAGUAUAUCCACCUGUCUGUCCGUCUUUGUUGGCACACCAGAAGGAGUAACAUUUAAUUGAUGCAGUGUGACAAAAACAGUUUAUUUUUUAUUCUAGGAGCAACAUUUAAUUGAUUCAGUGUGACAAAAACUGUGUAUUUUUUAUUCUAUUUUAUUCUAUUGUGUCAAUACUGUGUUUUCAUAAAUUACAAUAAUAUGUAGUGCUAUUUGUAUUUCAGCAAAAUACACACAUUUUUUGUUGUUUUUUGGUGGAAGGUGCAGGAACGGAAUGGAACAUUAAACUUGUAUGUCAUGGCA